AUGGGAAACUGCUACUCGAGCGUCUUCAACUCCGACCCAGAACAUCUUCAGCAAGUCAAGGCUUCAAAGAUCAUCGACAAGACACUCAAGGAAGAUGAGAAACAGAUGACCAAGGAGGUCAAGAUCCUCCUCCUCGGCGCUGGAGAGUCAGGCAAGACCACCGUCCUCAAACAGAUGCAAAUCGUCCACAACCGCGGCGGAUUCACUUCUUCCCAGAAGGAACACUAUCGCCAGCAGGUGUUCAUGAACAUCUGCGAGGGCAUGCGCUUAUGUCUUGAAGUGAUGAGCAAGGAAGAAAUCGAGCUAGAAAACGCCGAUCUCAUGAGAUUCGUACCCAUGUUCAACCAUUACGUAGAUCUCGAACCCCGACAACCGUUUCCUAUCGAAUACCUCGAACCACUCAGUCUUUUCUGGGUCGAUGGAGGGAUCAGGAAAGCGAUGGACUCGGGAAACGAAUGGGCUCUGCCCGAAAACAUGAACUAUUUUUUUCCUGAAUUGGACAGGCUAUUCCAUCCUUCAUAUGUCCCCACAGAUCUAGAUAUCCUACACUGUCGAGGAAAAACAACCGGAAUCACAGAAACGACGUUCAACGUGUCCGAGCUGACCUAUCGAAUGUUUGACGUGGGAGGACAGAGGAGUGAACGUAAAAAAUGGAUUCAUUGCUUCGAGGGCGUCACUGCCGUCUUGUUUCUGGUCGCCAUCUCUGGUUACGAUGCCCGACUGCUCGAGGACGGUGAUGCUAACCAGAUGCAAGAAGCGCUGAUGCUAUUCGACACCAUCACAAAUUCACAGUGGUUUACUCAAACUUCUAUGAUCCUCUUCUUGAACAAGACUGAUUUGUUCAAGCAGAAACUUUGCUACUCGCCCAUUUCAAAACACUUUCCGGAUUACCAAGGUGAUGAUACUGAUUACGAAGCUGCUCGAUCGUAUUUCAAGGAUCGGUUUGUCCGGCUGAAUCGAUCUACGAAGAAAGAGAUCUACACCCAUUAUACAUGUGCGACUGACACGUCCCUGAUGCGAGUGGUGAUGGCUUCGGUGACAGACAUAAUCAUCACGCGAAACCUUCAAAGCAUCAUUCUGUGA